AUGCUUCCGUUCGUGGUGGAGGUGCGGCGCGGCGGGCUGUGGGCGUCGUUGCCUCGCGAGCCCGAAUCGCCAGAGGUCGCCGUCGUCGGCGUCCUUUCGCGCGAGCGCGGGGUGCGUCUCGGCUGCGCCGGCCGCGCCGCCUCGAGCUACCGCAUCGUCGCGUGGGACGCACUGUCAGUGAGUGUCGAGUGGCGCGCAGAGGGAGGGGAGGGAGGCGGAGGGGAGGCGGCUCUCUACCGCGCGCCUCUGGUGCGGGGCAUGCCAUACGCCACGGUGAGCUACGGCUCCGGGGCGUGCCGCGCGCCGCUGGUCGAGUUCUUGCACGGCUCCAUCCUCUCGCUCAACGGGCAGGCCGCCGCGGCGGGACGCCUCGAGGCGUCUGGCACGCGGUUCGAGGUGCGUCUCGACACGGGUGUCCGGAGCGAGGGGGAAGGGGCGCUGCUGAUGAUGGCGCUGCCGCACCAGCUUGCCGGCCUCGCCGCCGCCGCCGAAAAGGGCGGGUGGGCGGGGGAGCUGCUGCCGGAGCUGGCGCAGUGGAGCGCCAAAGGCACCUCGCUCGGCGUGGCGAACUCCUACGGGACCGGCAAGGAGGUUGGCGCGCUCGGCCGGCUGGCCCUCAUCGCCGACGAGCUGGGCGAGGCCGACGCCGCCGCCACCGUGCGAGGCCGCCUCGCCGCCGCGCUCGACGCUUGGCUCGAUUGCGACGGCGGGAAGGCGCCGUGCCGUUUCUCGUACGACCGCAGCUGGGGCGGCGUCGUGCCAACUGAGGCGCUCGCCGAUCCGGCCGCCUCCUUCGGCGUCGGCUGGCACAACGAUAAGCACUUCCACUACGGCUACUUCCUGUACGCCGCCGCGGCGCUCGGGCGCGCCAACACGACGUGGCUCGCCGCCCGCACGCCCGCGCUGCUCACCUUGGUCGCGGACGUCGCAAGCCCGAGCGCCUCCGACCGGCGCUUCCCGCCGCUGCGCCACUUUGAUGCGUUCUGCGGCCACUCUUGGGCGCUGGGCCUCUUCGCCUCCUCGGCGGGGCGCAACCAGGAGAGCGUGUCUGAGGCGCUCAACGCGUGGCACGGCAUCGCCCUCCUCGGCCUCGCGUUGCGCAACGAGCGCCUGGUUUCGCUCGGCCGCCUGCUGGCUGCGGUAGAGACGCAGGCCGCGGCCGUCUACUACCACGCCGGGGCGAGUCCCGUCGCCUGGGGCUCGGCGUCGUUCGUGCCGCGCGUGUACCCGCCUCGCUGGCCUCGCGACGGCGUGGUCGGCAACUUGUGGGGGCUCAAGGCCGAGGCGUCGACUUGGUUCGGGCGGGAGGACUACUUCAUCUUUGGCAUCCAGGUGAUCCCGCUCACGCCCCAGGCGUCGGAGCCGCUGCUCGACCAGAAAUGGGUUGCCGCCAGCAGGGCCAGCUGGGAGACGUCGAUGCGCAGACUGCCAGCAAAAGACGAGACGUGGAGGGCGUUUCUCGUCGCAAUGCUUGCGAAGCUGGAGGCCCAAGCGCGAGUGGAGGGUGAAGAGCGGCUGGAGGCCGCGUUGCCGGCCGCCGUGCGGGUCUUCGGCACCUUCACCGAAGACGAGGUGCUCGAGGCUGCCGCUACGGCGGGCGGCGCGCUCCUCGUGUCGGCCGUCGUGGUUGGGAUGUGGUUGUGGGCGGCGGGGCGCCAGCGCGCACGGCUCGGCCCGCUCGCGUCUCGGGCGGGCAGGGAUGUGGACUUUGCCGCGUGGCUCGCCCUCGGCGGACCGACCGGCAACGAGCUCGCCGCGACGCCGCCGACGCGGGGCUCUGCGCGGCGCUCCGGCAGCCGCGGCAGCCGAGCGGCCCAGUCCAGCUGCUGCAACAGCGCCAGCGUGCACGGCGCCAGCCUGCACGGCGCUUUCGAGCGCUCCCUCGCGUCGGACGCAGCCUCGGCGCAGCUCGUGCAGCAUUUCAAGGUGACGCCGACCUCGGGCUCGGCCAGCGCGGCGCAACGGUACCAGCAGCUGGAAAUCGGGACCGACUCGGCGCCAUCCAGUCCACACUGA